AGCGGCGGCGGAGGGGGGGGGCCGCCUCCACCCUCCCUCCUCCCUCGCUGGCCCCGCCGCCCCCUCGCCCCGGUGCGGCAGGGACAACCGGGAGACCCGGACGCAGGCAGCGACCAAGCCGCCGCCGCUCCGCGCCCGGCCGCCCUGCAGCAUCCCCCCGAUGGCCGGCCGCCUGACCUGCUGCCUCCUGCUCUGGGCCCUGGGCCAUGGGGGCUGCCGUUCGCCUGCGGGGGCGGGCGCCGGCAGCCAGGCCGCCUGCCCCGUCCAGCCGCCGGCCGCCUGGGACUCGUCCUCCCCGGGCCGCGACCCCCGCGGGGGCUCCCCGCCGCCCGGUGCGCUGAGCAGCAUCGCUCAGGACAUGGUAGCUGUCCACAUGCUUAAGCUCUACGAGAAGUACAACCGGGAAGGCAGCCGGCCCGGCGACGGCAACACGGUCCGCAGCUUCAAAGCCAGGCCGGGAUUCUUGGCCCAGAAGCCUGUGUACUGCUUCAAUCUGACAUCCAUGCAGGAUUCAGAGAUGAUCCUUGCUGCCACUUUUCACUUCUAUGCUGACAAACGAUCUCGGCACCGGGAAGUGUUUUGUAAGCGUUCCAAGAACUCCUCCUGCCGACUCCUUCACCUGCCUCCGAUCCUGCGGCUCAACCUCAUUUUCCAAAGUAUUCAUCAGAAUUCUGCCUAUGGGCUAGUAAAAGGGAACAUUACUGUCUUUCUUCAAAGGCGAGGGGCUUGGCAUGCAAAGGACAUUUCACACAUCAUAAAAGAAUCAAAACAGGCUGGAGAGCUCAUUCUCUGCGCUGAGCUUGAUUCUGGGGAGAAACAUCAGGGCUUCCCUGAACAGGCCACCAGCCAUUUACCUUAUAUACUAGUUUAUGCCAACGAUCUUGCAAUCUCAGAGCCUAACAGCGUGGCAGUCACCCUACAGCGUUAUGAUCCAUUCCCUUCCAACGAUGGGGACCCAAAUCUACCCUCCAAUGCUUCUACUGACACCCGAGUGAGGAGGGAUACUUACCUCUCUAGUCCUAUUCAGAACAAUGAGUUGCCAGAAGUAGAUUAUAACAACAAUAAAUACAACAAACAUGACAUAUGGGAGAAUGCCUACAAAUCCCUGAAACCAAAAGCCUCACGCAAAGACCGAAGGAGAAAAGGGCAAGAAAAUACAGAAACACUUACAAAGUCUCAGGUGCUAAAAUUUGAUGAGAAAACUAUGAAGAAAGCAAGGCGAAAACAAUGGAAUGAGCCAAGGAUUUGUUCAAGAAGAUACAUGAAAGUUGACUUUGCUGAUAUUGGCUGGAAUGAAUGGAUCAUAUCUCCCAAAUCAUUUGAUGCCUACUACUGUGCAGGGGCAUGUGAAUUUCCAAUGCCCAAGAUUGUCCGGCCAUCCAAUCAUGCUACAAUCCAGAGCAUUGUAAAAGCAGUAGGAAUCAUUCCCGGCAUCCCUGAACCCUGCUGCAUUCCUGACAAAAUGAGCUCACUCAGUGUCCUGUUCUUAGAUGAGAACAAAAAUGUUGUUUUAAAGGUAUAUCCCAAUAUGUCGGUCGAAAGUUGCGCCUGCCGAUAAGUUAAUAUAAACACAUCUUUAACAACACCCACGCAUCCUGCCCAACUACACUGGCAAAGCUGUAAAUGGGAAAUGAAUCCACUUCUGUUGAUGGAUGAAUGCAAGCCUACAAUUCCUCUACAGAAAGCAUGCGGAGAGACUAAAACAAUACACAUGCUCACCUGGAAGGCUAUGUCUUACUGUCAUCAUUUGUCUUUCAUAUUCAUCUUCCAGGAAUUCAAUACUUUCACAAGUAUCUUCCUAACCCACUUAGCCAAGACACCUGGUGUUUAGUGAGAACUUUAAGUGUAAAGUUUUCCAUAAUCAAAGGACUAAAAUAUGUUUUUAUAUGCUAUUUUUCUGACUAUUUUAUCUCUUCAGUUAACCAAGAAGAUGGGAAGUAAACUUGCAAAGGCGGGCUCAUUUUAGAAUAUCACUUUUGUACACAAAUCAAAACUUUUUGCCUAAAACACUCAUACUCUUAAUCUGCAUAUUUAUACCGAAAAAUGCUGUAAUAAAGGGCUUAAAAUGUAUAUUUUCUUCAGGAUGCAAGUAUACUGCACUGCAUAAGCUUUCAUAUAAACAGUAUGUUAAUAUAGUCAUUUUUGGUUACCCUUCCCUAAUACAUAAUUUGUUCUACAAAAGGCAUAUGUAAUAUCCCCCACUUUUGUUUGCUGGAUAAUUUCAGGUUGUUAAACAUAUUCUCUGAGUAACACAUACUAUAUAGUAAUAUGUUGAAAUACUAAAAAUAAAAUAACCAAGAUUUAUAUUUUUGUAAAUUAUACUUUAUAUCCUCUAGACUGUUACAUGCUUUUAACAAAAGCUAAUAAAUUAAAGGUACAGUAGUAUCUAAAAA